AUGGAUUGGGUUUCUACACCUUACACAGGACGUGCUAAAUUCAACAAACGUUCUCCCAGUGUAACAAGUCCUCAUGGGUACACUCGCAAGAUUCAUGCCAAACGAGUGGACCGAGAAUUAAGAAGCCUUCUGAAUCCAUGCACAGCAAAGCCAGACUUCCCCUUUGCUGCUCCGGCUACAUUUAUUAGUGAUUGGAAGUCUGCUCAACAGGGAUUGAUCAGUGUGAAGGCCUGUGGUCCGGUCAAGGAUGCUACCCUCACCCUUAUUAGCAAACUACGUGAUUACUACAUCCUGACAGAGAUCCUGUAUUCGGUCAUGGAUCUUCCUGGGAUGUUCAAAUUCGCAACGACUACUAUGUUUGGCUCAUGCACCUUGUUUAAGCUUCUCUUGUCGAUCAAGGCAACCCCAGCUCAAGCCGACAAAGCUUCUCAUGCCCCCCAAUCAACAACUGAGGCUGAUGACUCAGACAAUGACUCUUCUGACGAAGAUCCCAAUGAAUCCUCUGGCUCUAAAGGCGGUCAAUUCACAGAAGUUUGGUCUAAGAAGGCGGCAACAAAGGCAAAGAAGAAGAAGAAGUUGAUCACUGAUAAUGAGAAUCUGUUCCUUAACGAUCUCUCCCCAGCCCAAUGGAAAAUGGCUGAAGUUGCUGACCAUAAGCUGAAGAAUGAUCAGGUGCUUCACAAGUCCGGUCCGCUGUUCUUGAUGGUUCUACCAGGCGAGAUGGAGGGCACCUACAUCCUGCCAACUCUGACAAAAACCGACCAAGUCCUCCGUAAAUGGGUUCCGCAAUCAGAGAUCAGUAUGGCUCGACGUAAGAACCUCAAAUGGUGCACAAACACUCUCCGUGCAGUGGAGGCUACCGCAUCGCCAGACGCAGUGGAAGAAGCACUGGAGUUUCUGGACAAUGUGAUGGAAGACGCAACGGAUGUCUAA